AUGGUGUCUGCCGCCAUCGCCUUGGCCUUCCUCCCGUUCCUCCUCACGCUGCUGCUGCGCUACCGCCACUACCUGCUGCUGCUGUACUGGGCGGUGCUGCUGGGCUGGCUGCGGGACCGCCUCAGCGGCGUGCCCCGGGAGCAGAGGGCGUUCCAGUUCCUGCUGGCACACGCCGUGCCCGGCGACCCCCGCCACGUCCUGCAGACCUUCGACCGCUGGAGCCAGCAGCGAGAGCACCUCAGCUGCGUGGGGCCCGUCAAAGGGCGCAUCGUGGAGCGGCUGCUGGCCGAGCGGGCACCGCUGUGGCUGCUGGAGCUGGGCACCUACUGUGGCUACACCACCGUGCUGCUGGCACAGGGCAUGCCCCCCGGUGCCCGCCUCUACACCGUGGAGGUGAACCCUGAGCACGCAGCCGUGGCCGAGAAGGUGCUGAGGCUGGCAGGCAUCGACGAGCAGAGGGUGCAGCUGGUGGUGGGCACCCCGGAGGCGGUGAUCCCGCGGCUGCGGCAGCAGCACCGAGUGCCGCAGGUCGACUUCGUCUUCAUGGCUCACUGGAAGAGCUGCUACCUGCGCGACCUGCGCCUGCUGGAGAGCCACCAGCUGCUGCCCGCCGGUGCCACCGUGCUGGCGGACAACGUCCUGUGCCCGGGGGCGCCUCACUUCCUGCAGUACGCCAGGAGCUGCGGCAGGUUCCGCUGCAGGCUGCACCGAGCCAGCCUCGAGUACUUCGAUGCCAUCCCCGACGGCAUCGCCGAGCUCCGCUACACCGGCACCGCCUGAGCCGCCCGCCCGGGGCGCCCUGGGCACCUGCCGAGCCGCCCUGCAGCCGCCUGCCGGGCACCCUGGGCACCUGCCACG